UUAGCUUACAUCUCUUAAGUUUAGUUGUUACGUCGUCUACGGUUAAGACGUUAUGUAUUACGAACUGUUAAGUGUUUUGGCGCCUUACCUGCGGUCACACUGUGCCACAAAAUUCAAUAAUUAAGUUCAAUAUUUAAACUGAGCUGUAGCAGAGCAAGAAGAAGAGCUACCAACACACGUGUGAGAAUUCCUCUGCAUCGACUUUGUGAUUUGUUUAUUCAAUGUUUUUAAGUCGGUUAUUAAACAGCAACACCAAGGCAGUUCGCCUGAAAACCCUCAGUAACUCCUGGAAUCGACACAAAUCCUUUGCAGCGGCCAUGUCGGAGGCUCUGGACAAGCUGGAGCUGGAGAAAGAGGCCAGGAAGGAGGCCAAAAACUCGGAGGACGAGGCUGUUAAGGAUGCCAACCGCAUCAAGCGAACACUGAAGCGCAAAAAGUGGGUGGACUGGAAGGAGCAGGACGCGCAGGAUGCGGCCAGCGGGGUGAAGCGGGCGCCCUUCGAUCCCGCCGAACGGAUCAAGCGCAAGAAGAGCGCCAUUCUGCUCAGCUACUGCGGGGCCAACUACUACGGCAUGCAGCGCAAUCCCGGCAUGCAGACCAUCGAGGAGGAGCUCUUCAAGGCCAUGCUCAAGCACAAGUGGAUCACGGAGGACAGUUUCGAGCAGGUGCAGAUCGCCUGCUUCCAACGGGCUGCCCGCACCGACAAAGGCGUCUCCGCCGCCCGCCAAGUGUGCUCCGUCAAGCUGCCUGAGGAGCUGGACCUGGAGGCCUUCAAUGCCGAUUUGCCUGAUCAGAUUCGACUGUUUGGCGUGGAGCGUGUGACCAAGGGCUUCAAUGCCAAGGAUCAGUGCAAUGCCCGAACUUACACCUACACACUGCCCACUGUUGCCUUUGCUUCCUGCGAGGAAAAGGUUGAGGAUUUGCAUGAUACGUUCCGGAUAUCACCAGAGCUGCUGGCGAAAGUCAAGGAUACUUUGAAACUCUACGAAGGCACUAAGAACUUUCACAACUUCACCAGCAAAAAAAGCUUCUUGGAUCCCUCUUCCAAGCGGUUCAUCAUGUCCUUCACAAGCAGCGAACCAUUUCAGAGUCCCCAGGGCAUUGAGUUCGUGACCCUGAAAGUGAAGGGUCAGAGUUUCAUGCUCCAUCAGAUCCGCAAGAUGGUGGGUCUGGCCAUUGCCAUUGUGAGGGGCAACACGACGACGACGAGUUUGGAGCGGGCACUGACGGAGGAGCGCCUGGACCUGCCCAUGGCCCCUGGACUGGGUCUGGUACUGGACACGGUGCACUACGAACGCUACAACGAUCGCUAUGGCAAGGAUGGCAUACACAAUCCGCUGACAUGGCAGGCGCAGGAGACGCAAGUGCAGGAGUUCGUCGAGCGGGAGAUCUUUAGCCAGAUUUACAAAACGGAGGCCGAGCAGCGCAACAUGCUCGACUGGAUAGGAACGUUGCAUUACCACUCGUACGACACGCGAAAGGAUGACGCUCCUCCAGCGCCAACGGAUGGCAAGCGGAGUAAGGCUGGUGAUGAUGACAAUGAUGAAUGAUUUUGCGUUGAUUUUUGUGGAUAGUUAAAAGCAACGCUAAACUUUGUAAUGAACAAGCAAUUGCUGCA